UUAAACAAAAGUUAAGUGGAAAAGAUGGCGACGCAGAGGGAGCAGGACGCCGCUGAUUAUCUCAAAAAACACAAAAUAAUGGAGCUUAUGGACAACCUGACUAGCAUGCUCUUCUUUUACAGACCUGAGAAACCCAGAGAGUUUCUUAUUGAGCAGCUGGAACAGCUGAAGAUUUCUCAGCAGGGUGGCAUGGAGGGGCCAAAUCUGUUCAACAACUCCAACCUGGAUGCAGUCUUGGGGAUACUGGACCCCACAAAUCAAAGAUACAUCACUUUUGCGCAAUACAAGCAGGCACUGACCACACUGGGCAUUAAAGACAUCAAUGAAUGCCCUGAAGGUGUAAAUGAAGACAGAAUAUCCCAUGAGACUUUCAAAACAGAAGCGAUGCAAGGCCUGCAGAGAUGCUCAGCAACAUAUGAACAGCAGUGAACUCUGCUGUUUUCUUCCACAAAGCUCAUGUGUUAGUCAUUCAGUGUUAUGGUGUUGUUGAUUAUCUCUGAUACACAUAGACACUCAUGACCUUUUUAACCUCUGACUCUCUUGGCCUAGACACUCAUUAUACACAACAUACUGUAUAUAGUAGUAAAUAAUAAAAUAAUACAAUUUUUGUUUGUAUUUUCCAUCAUAUGACUGCUAAAGAAGAAGCACAAGUGUUUUAAAAUUGUUCUCAAUGUAGAAAAUUGCCUCUUGACUAUUAUAUAUCAUGUUAUUAGAUUAUUUUACCUCAUGCAUCUGUAUGUAAACAGUAUUUUACUAUUGUAGCUGGUUGAGGGGCAGCUUCUGCUGCACCUAGAGAUUAUAUUCAUUAUGGAUUAACCUCUUGACUGUUUUCUUGAUUAAUCAAUAGAUUACUUUAAAAAAAAACAAACAAACCUCACAACUAUUAAAAUGACUACAAAAUAAAGCACCAAAUCAAUACA